AUGGUCAAACCAUUCCCAACAAAGAAGUUCCUCAAUCUUAGUCGAUACAUAUGCUCUGCCCAAUCGGAGGCUGAAGGAGGGAGCUUCCUGUGCAAUUUCAUUAUCAAGGAUUGCACACAGUUGCGCGGCUGGCGCCGUGGCUGUCUACCCACCACCUCAUGUGAACAGGGCCGGGACAAAGGAGAUCGGCGGCAGCACAGUUGGAUUAAGCAUAUCUUCAGGCUCAACAGAUCAUCACCAACACGGGCAAUGAGUUGCAUUUUGGAGAAUCCUGAGAGAAGCGAUCCGGCAUGGAGCUUCCGAGUGACCUCGAAUCCUCCGUCUGUGCUGGUCACAACUAAGAAAACAUCACCUUUUUAG